AUGUCUGCCAGGUCCCAUACCCAAAUAUCUAAAAAUGUCAGCCACGCGCGUACGACAUCCUGGUCGUCCGGAUUUUAUAAUAGUAUAAAGAGCAACAAAAGCGAAUCUCCUGAAUCCCGCCAGAUCUCACGUCGACGUGAAUCCAACGUCUCUCUAGCUAGUGUUGACGAAGGCCCCUCUUCCGACCCCCACAGCGCCGAUGCGCUCGAUAUGAUCCGGAACACUUCAAUCGACAUGAGUCGCAAGUCUAGACAACAUGUGCGCAGCCGCUCACAGAACCUGCAGGUCCAGAACUUGGCUCUGCAGGAACCAGAACUGCCUGCCGUAGCCACUCGUCCCGCGACGGUUACUUGGAUGUCACUACCACGAAAGGGCCAAUUGACCCUGCUCGGUCUAUGCCGUGUCUUUGAUUUCUUGCAGAUCGCUUCGCUGCAGGCCUACAUGUUCUACCAGCUCAAAUCCUUCGACCCAAACCUAACCGACUCAGAUGUAGCUACACAAGCCGGUAUUCUGCAAGGUGCCUUUACGGCUGCGCAGUUUGCCACUGCUAUUCCCUGGGGCCGUGUCGCAGAUGCAGAAUGGGGUGGUCGUCGAUUUGUUUUGCUGGUGGGCUUGCUUGGUACUGCUGUGUCGUGUCUGGGUGUUGCUUUUGCGACAUCGUUCGCACAGGCUGUGUUCUGGCGGUCGUUUGGCGGUGCUAUCAAUGGCACUGUGGGCAUUAUCCGUACUAUGAUUGCGGAGAACGUCAAGGAAAAGAAAUACCACUCGCGCGCUUUCUUGAUAUUGCCUAUUGGAUUCAACGUGGCUGCGCUGUUUGGUCCUGUCAUGGGUGGCCUAUUGGCUGAUCCGGUCAAAAGCUAUCCAAUGUUGUUUGGCCCGAAUUCAUCCUUGGGAGGGGAGAAUGGCGUACAGUGGUUGGAGCGCUAUCCAUAUGCCCUGCCCAUGCUUGCCAACUUCGCUUUCCUGUGCAUUUGCGCAUGCCUGGUAGCAUAUGGACUGGAAGAGACUCUCCUCGCCUGUAAGGGUAAGCCUGGCUUGGGGUCAUUCGUAAUGAAACUAUUUGCACGUGGUGUGAAGAAAACAUUUGGCACCUCCUCGACUCUAUACACACGGCUUCCAUUCCGCGAUGAAGACGAGGGCGGACCUCUUCUGAGCCGUGGUGGUAUUGAUAGCACUGAAAGCUAUGAGCUCGGGGAGAAGGCAUCCAGGCCUGUCCGACUCAUUCGUGCUCUGCCUUUCCGAAGAAUCUGGACUAAGAAUGUCAUGUUCACUCUGUUAGCUCAGGCCUUCUUUGACUUUCAGAUGGGAGCAUUUAACAAUCUCUGGUUACUUUUCCUGUCAACUCCUCGCUAUGACCCGAACGAUCCGGCCAGCCCUGCACGGAGCUUACCUUUCGGCUUCACCGGUGGAUUAGGUAUGCUCCCCCAAAGUGUUGGCUUCGCUACUGCCAUUCUGGGCAUCAUUGGCAUGGCCCUUCAAUUCACCAUCUACCCCACUAUAAACGGUCGUCUGGGCACUGCCAAGAGUUAUCAGUACUUCCUCGCACUCUUCCCAAUCGCAUAUGCUCUAGCACCAUAUAUCUCCUUGGCCCCGUCUACAGUCCCACCUCCCGGCCAAGCUAACGGCCCCUGGAUAUGGGUCGGAAUCGUCAUCGUCCUCUUCUUCCAAGUCACCGCUCGAACCUUCACUCUCCCCACCUCUAUCAUCCUCUUGAACAACUGUUCACCCCAUCCAUCGGUUCUAGGUACCAUCCACGGUAUCGGCCAGUCCGUGUCAUCUGCAUUCCGAACCCUUGGCCCAAUAUUAUCGGGUGCAUGGUACGGCUAUGGUCUGGAUAUCGGCGUGAUCGGCUUCGCUUGGUGGAUGAUCGCUUUGUUCUCCGUCUUUGGUUGCUUUGCUGCCAUAUAUGUUUACGAAGGAUCCGGUCAUGAGAUUCUUCUUCCUGGCGAGGAAGAAGAUUUUCAUGAAUAG